AUGCCCAUUGCGGAGCUUUUGGGAGUCCAACUCGACAUGCAGCUGCUGUUGAAGCUGAGUCUGUCUGUGGCCGCGGUGCUGCUGGUAUCAUGGGCGUACAAGUACUACAGCGCCAGGGAAGCGCAGAAAGUUCAGCCCUGCGUCAAAGACAACAAAAAGCCAGAAAAUGCGACCUGCCAAAACUGCAAGACGACACUAGGAUGUCAGAGCUCACCAGAACAUGACACCGAUGAUGGGGGCAAGGGACCCGGACCCUCGGACACAGACUCAGCCACUGAUGACCUGACAUCUGACAACACCGAGGAAACCUCAGCGGAAGCUAAUCCAUACCAAGCUGAAGAGAACGAGGAUGCAUUUAGUAUGUCAUAUAGAACCCAGGAUACCAGCAUGAAAGGAGAGAAACUCACUUGUCAGGAGCAGGCGGAGGUUGCCACCAGUAAUAUUUCAUUUGGAUCUGCUUUGAACUUUCUUCAUCCAACUGAGAGUGGGAUGGCCAGUGCAACGGGGCGCCGCUCCCCUUGCUUUUUUCAGAAGCUGGAGGGCAGUGUGGGUGUGGGCAGGGAGUUAAGGCAGGACUUGGAGCGCCAGGGGGCCUACUCCAGCUUCCUCUCCAAGGCAGAGAUCAAAGUGGAGGAUGCUAACGUUGUGCUGGAGGGAACGGGAGACCAGAUUGUGCGAGGAAAGAUAUAUGAUUACUAUGUUGAGUCUUCCUCUCACUCUGUUACAGACUCAAACACUGUUCUGGGUCAGUAUGAGAGGAACUCUGAGUCAGAGUCUGUGGAGCUCGGAAGUCGUGGCAGCAGCCUCAAAGAAUCCCCAUCCUCUCUGAGCCCCAUCAUCAUGCGUGAUCUGGUUUUACCACAAAGCACCGUUGAGGAUCCCUCCUUACUGGGAAGCCUCAAACCGAGGCCCCCCGCAAGGCCUGUACUCCUACGCAAGGAGAGCUAUCUGUCUGCAGCAGAGGAGUCUGAGCUUUCCAUGGCCUCUCUACAUGCAAGAGUUUCAACUCCAAUGACUCACUCUGUGGCCCCAACCAGCAAUGAGUCCAUCUCUCCUCACCCUAUGAUCCGUCAUUCUACAGACAGCAAAGGCUUAAAUGUGAGAGAGGGGGCAGAUGUAGAGACUAUAGCAGCUUUUCUACACCCUCCAGCAGAAACUCUCGACGGCACAGAUUUGGAAAGCUUAAAGAGUAAACUCGAUCUGGGUAACUGUUUGGAGACGCUGUGUCUGGCCAAGAAACAUGGCCAGACCUCUGUGCAGCAAGCAGCUCUGGGAGUCAUGUCAGACAACUACCUCCAGGUGCUCAGGGACCCCAACCUUUAUGGGCGGCUAAUGGCUGGUGAGCGGGAGCAAAUCCAGAAGCAGAGGAUGAGAGGGAGAAGGUUUGUCAUGGCAGCCGACAUGGACCCCCAAGACUGGACGAGGAACACAGGAGGGCCGACAGCAGAGACACAGCAAAGGAGGACGUCCAGUGCGGUGUACUGUUAUGACGACUACAAAGACGCCUGGCACACACUCUGCCUGAUCCCUCAGGAGGUCAUCUCAAAAGCCUGUGCCAUGUGCACAAUGGAUAACUACUUGUUCGUGGCAGUGGGCUGCCAAGGCACAGAGAGAGAAAUGACACCCUCAAAGCGAGUGUUUUGCUACAAUCCUUUGACAUCAAUUUGGAAGGAGAUCUGUCCUAUGAAUGAAGCCAGGCCACGCUGCAAACUGGCAGCGCUGGAGGGCUACAUCUACGCCAUCGGAGGGGAGUGCCUCUCAUCAGUGGAGCGCUACGACCCGCGAUUGGACAGAUGGACUUUCGUGGCUCCGCUGCCCAAUGAUACAUUUGCUGUGGCGCAUCACGUCACAGUGUGCAGAGGAGAGCUUUUCGUCUCUGGGGGAACUCUCAGAUAUAUGCUGCUGCGCUACAGCCCCAAAACCAACAGCUGGAAGCCAAGUCUGUUGGUAGGCAGCAAAGACAGAACUGCAGAUAUGAUAGCUGUCGGGAGAUUUCUGUAUCGGUUUGAUGUUAACGCACUGCUGGGUGUCAGCGUGUACCGCUACCAUACGGUGGCUAGGAUGUGGUACGAGUGCAGCUCCAAAAGGCUUCAGCACUGCCCCGCCUUCCAGUGCGUCAUGCUGGACGGCACUAUCUAUUGUGUCAGCCGCCAGUUCACCAUGAGGUUCGUGGCUGAUGAGAUCUCCCCAGGUUUCAAAGAUGAGAAUAUGAGUGUCCUCUCUGCAGCGAAGGGCAUACUUUUCCCUUUUGUCCUUUCACUCCCUGAUAAGAAGCCUCGACAGACCAGUGUGUGA